GGGCUGCCAUUGGCGCCCACACCACAGCUUCUAAACUCGACAUUUCUCGAAAAAUAAUAGCAAAGUGCGAAAUGUUCGUCAAUGAGACAUCGGAUUAGUUUAUCGACUCGUGAAUCGGAUUAGUUUAUCGUGUUAUGGUUUGCGUACGAUAAUUGUGAACAAAUUAGUGAAUAAUGAUGCCGAUAACAGCUGAUCACAAACCGCACCUGUUGUUUUUGGCGGAACAGCCAGUUCAAGUGGUCCAGGAUUUCUGUAAAUUAGUCGCCGAUUACCUGCAGAGGGGGCCGAACUUGAAAUUGUAUACAGCUGCAGCACAAAAACUUGACGUCGAAUCGAAAGUAAUUCAAAAUUCCGUGGAAGGAUUGGUGUACUUGCUAGUUGAAUGCACGAAAAACAGGUUGAACCUCGAGGCAUUCAAAACGCUGAUAAACGACGUAGGCUUCACUGAUGAGAACCAAUCACUCUUGUGUUCCCUCUAUACUGAGAGACAGCAAGAACUCCACGAUGCAUUAUCCAAUAUUGGCUUCAGUGUACCACAGUUCCACAACCUGGAAUGGAGAUUCGAAGUGCAGAUCGCAUCAAGAUCUCUCCUGCACCAGGUAGUCCCCUCCGUUCUGUUGGACUUGACCCUGAAGAAUCCUGGAAAAUCCUCGCCAGAACAGCACGUCACCCUCCAAUCAGAUCCUCGAAAUCUCCUCCAUUUAACUCAAGAACUCGAGGCUGCCAUACAAGAGGGUCGCAGUCAGCACAUUCGUAAAAUAAAGAGGAGAGUAAUGGAACAAAUAGUUGAGAACGUAACGUCAGCGCUGGAGAUGUUGUCCCUCAGCUCAUCAUCGGCGACGCUGAUGAAUCAUGUUGCGACGGUGGGACCUAAGGCCGCCCGACAGUGGAUGCGCUACAGCAAUCAGACUGUCGCCGACAAAGUGCCGGAGGAAAUGCUGAGUUUAAUUGACCCACACUGGUAUCAGUUUCCACCGAUGGAUCCACUGUGGCACAAAUUGCUCGGCCUGGUGAUGAUUGUCAUUGGAAUUCUCGGCUGGUCUGGCAACGGCGUUGUUGUCUACGUAUUUUUGUUCACACCAGCCUUGAGAACACCCUCCAAUCUUCUGGUUAUCAAUCUGGCGUUUUCCGAUUUUCUCAUGAUGAUUAUACAGUCGCCGCCUAUGGUCGUCAAUUGCUGGUAUGAGACGUGGGUACUGGGGCCGCUAAUGUGUGACAUAUACGCAAUGGUGGGUUCGCUGUGCGGUGGUGCCUCGAUAUGGACAAUGACAGCGAUAGCUUACGAUCGUUACAACGUCAUCGUCAAGGGGAUGUCGGGCACUCCGUUGACAGUGACCAGAGCCCUAAUCCAGAUCCUCAUAAUCUGGUCGUUCUCCUUCCUGUGGACAAUCCUGCCGAUGCUCGGCUGGAACAGAUACGUCCCCGAGGGCAACAUGACUGCCUGUGGAACCGACUACCUCACCAAGGACUGGGUAUCCAGAUCGUACAUCCUCGUCUACAGCGUCUUCGUGUACUACACCCCAUUAUUCACCAUAAUCUACAGCUACUGGUUCAUCGUGUCAGCAGUCGCAGCCCACGAGAAGGCGAUGAGGGAGCAGGCCAAGAAGAUGAACGUCGCUUCUCUGAGAAGUGGAGAGCAAGACUCCACCAGUGCCGAAGCUAAACUGGCUAAGGUAGCUUUAACAACAAUUUCGUUGUGGUUCAUGGCAUGGACUCCCUAUCUCGUCAUAAAUUAUACUGGAAUCUUCGAAACAGCUACGAUCAGCCCACUCUUCACCAUCUGGGGCUCUCUCUUCGCUAAAACCAACGCCUGUUACAACCCCAUCGUCUAUGGCAUCAGUCAUCCGAAGUACAGAGCAGCUCUCCACCAGAAAUUGCCAUGUUUCGUUUGCGGAUCAACUGAGCAGUCAACUCGGGGGGGCGGUGAUACGGCAUCGCAAACCACUACAGCUGGGGGGAAGGCUUAAAACAAUAAGACAAUGUGAAUUUUCAAUUUCAUCGAGACUUUCUUGUUAUGUUUUCGAGAAUAAAAUUCAAGAAUGAAAAGAAAUUGUGGAAAAAUCUGGGGCACGUUCUUAAUAAGAAUGUUUAAUACGAAAUAUUUUACAAAAAAACAGUAGAUUUUUCGUUUUUGUUAAUGAAGGGAGAGAAAAUGCAAUGAAGAAAAAACUUGGAAAAUUUAUACCGAGGAAUUUUCUAUAGAAAAUAUGAAAACGGCUUAAAACAAUAAGACAAUGUGAAUUUUCAAUUUCAUCGAGACUUUCUUGUUAUGUUUUCGAGAAUAAACUUCAAGAAUGAAAAGAAAUUAUGGAAAAAUCUGGGGCACGUUUUUAACGGGAAUGUUUAAUACGAAAUAUUUUACAAAAAAACAAUAGAUUUUUCGUUUUUGUUAAUGAAGGGAAAGAAAAUGCAAUGAAGAAAAAACUUGGAAAAUUUAUACCGAGGAAUUUUCUAUAGAAAUUGUGAAAAUGGCUUAAAACAAUAAGACAAUGUGAAUUUUCAAUUUCAUCGAGACUUUCUUGUUAUGUUUUCGAGAAUAAAAUUCAAGAAUGAAAAGAAAUUAUGGAAAAAUCUGGGGCACGUUCUUAAUAAGAAUGUUUAAUACGAAAUAUUUUCGAAAAAACAGUAGAUUUUUCGUUUUUGUUAAUGAAGGGAGUGAAAAUGCAAUGAAGAAAAAACUUGGAAAAUUUAUACCGAGGAAUUUUCUAUAGAAAAUAUGAAAACGGCUUAAAACAAUAAGACAAUGUGAAUUUUCAAUUUCAUCGAGACUUUCUUGUUAUGUUUUCGAGAAUAAAAUUCAAGAAUGAAAAGAAAUUAUGGAAAAAUCUGGGGCACGUUCUUAAUAAGAAUGUUUAAUACGAAAUAUUUUACAAAAAAACAGUAGAUUUUUCGUUUUUGUUAAUGAAGGGAGAGAAAAUGCAAUGAAGAAAAAACUUGGAAAAUUUAUACCGAGGAAUUUUCUAUAGAAAAUAUGAAAACGGCUUAAAACAAUAAGACAAUGUGAAUUUCCAAUUUCA